AUGUUAGCCGGAACCAUCCUUUUAACAUUAUUUCCACGUAAUAAAAUACCAUUUAUACCACCAUCGGGUGCAUUAUUCUCAAAUGGAACCCAUAAAUUUCAUAAUACUGUUAUAAUAGUUUCAUUUGAUGGACUUAGGUCUGAUUAUUUAGAUAGAAACGUCACUCCGACCAUUAAUGAAUUCGUUCAAAAAGGAGUAAAAGCUGAACACAUGAUCCCAUCUUUUCCAUCGAUGACAUUUCCAAAUCAUUAUACCAUAGUAACAGGAUUAUAUCCGGAAUCACAUGGAAUAGUAGCAAAUGAAUUUUAUGAUCCAGUAUUAAAAGAUAAUUUUGUUUAUACAAAUCCAAAUAAAAGUACUGAUUCUAAAUGGUGGAAAGGUGAACCAAUAUGGGUAACAACUGUCAAACAAAAACAAAAAUCGGCAGUAUCAAUGUGGGUAGGGUCAUCAUCGGUAAUAGAAGGACAUACUCCAACAUAUUUACAUUCAUUCAAUUCUAGUACAAACGUGGAUGAAAAAGUUGAUCAUUUAAUUGAUUGGUUAGAUAUGGAAUUAGAAGAUAGACCAACAUUUUUAGCAGGAUAUGUUAGUAUAAUUGAUUCUGCGGGACAUAGAUUUGGACCUGAUUCUCAAGAAGUUAAUGAAGCUCUUAAAAUUGCUGAUGGAUUUGUUAAAAAUUUAUUAAAUAAAAUUGAAGAAAGAAACUUAACUGACAUUGUAAACAUAAUAUUUGUUAGCGACCAUGGAAUGGCACCAACAACACCAUCAAACAUAACUUUUUUAGAUGAUAUAUUUAACGUAACAAAAAUAUAUCCAAUAGAAUUAUUUCCGUUAGCUGGUAUACGACCAUAUAAUGAUUCUGAUAUAGAAGGAAUAUUUAAUUUACUUCAAAAUGCAAGCGAAAAUCAGCCAUGGAAAUGUUAUUUAAGAGAAAACAUUCCAGAAAGAUUUCAUUACAGGAACUCUGAAAGAAUUGAUCCAGUAAUUUGUAUACCACCUGUUGGUUGGUCAUUAACCGAUCAUAGAGAUUCCGCAAAUCACACAUUACCUAAAGGUGUUCAUGGUUAUGAUAAUCAAGAACCUACUAUGAGAUCAAUAUUUUUGGCUAAUGGUCCUUAUUUUAAGGAUAAGAAGGGAAUCGGAAAAGUUGUUAGCCCAUUUAUUGAUAUAGAAGUAUAUAAUAUAAUGUGUAAUAUUUUAGGAUUAAAACCUGCCCUUAAUAAUGGUACUGAUGGUGGCAUAAUAUAA